AGACACAGAGAGAGAGAAGGGGGACUAUAAAGGGGAAGGGACAAUCUGCUUCUUCAGAGAGAAGAGAGAUCCCACCAGAGCUCCAGUUACUGAGGACACAGUACAAUACGUGUUUUCAAAGUUCUGUCUAUCUACUCUACUUCUGUCUUUCUGUAUCAUCUGACUCUAAGCUACUCCAACAUGCAGGACCGUCAACACUACUUCAUGAUAGCCUUCACAUGGUUCCUGGUGUUUCUGGUGCUCAGUCCGCAGGCGUCGGCCAGCCCUGUUCCGUCUGUGGAUGCCCCGCCCAGCUCUGGGCAUCUCCAGCCUGAAGGUCAGAGGGCACUGAAGCGGAUGGCUCGUAUGACCCCGUUGUGGAGGACCAUGGGUACGAAACCCUACGGGGCGUACUGUCUUAACAACUAUGAGUGCUCCACUGGAAUCUGCAGGGGUGGCCACUGCAUGUUCAGCCAACCCAUCAAGUCCUAGAAGAGAAGACGGAGGAACGCUCCCAACAUUUUUCCCAAUCUGUUCUCCAUGGACAUACACUCCCUCUCCUCUACAUAGCCAAACAUGCAGACAUUAUGUGGCUUGACAUCUAUCUAUGCAAAACAACCUCUGUAUUCAUAAUGUAUAGCUGAAGUGUGAGAAGGGUUAACAUAUCUUAAAGGAAUGGUUAAGGUAUACAUAAAAUAUAUAGAUAUUCCUGAAGAUUUUGCUUAGGCAAAGGGGAUUGCUAUAUUUUACUCCAUCUUUCUGACUUUACCAAAGUACGUGGAUGACAUGCUGAGGGUCAGAUUUAGCCCAAUAUUACAGGCUAAAGCAUCUUUAACAAACCCCUCAUUGAGAUGUUCCUAAGAAUGUAUCGUCCUUUAGGAUUUUCCUUAGGCAAAAGGUUGGGUUACGUUCUUAGGAACAAUAAUUCCAGAAGGGUUCUUCCGGUGUCCUCGUAGGAGAACCUUUUCUGGUUCCAGGUAGAAAGGGUUCUCCUAUGAGGACAGCCAAAGAACCCUUCUGGGUUCUAGAUAACGCUUUUUUUGUUCUAAGAGUGAAGAUGUGAUAUUGAAUGCUAGCUUUUGGACCGUACCAAGGGGAACAGCAUGUAAAUGUGACAGACACAUGGAUUUUUGGUUAUAAGGUUUUCAAUAUUUCUACAAAUAUUUCAUACAGGGUGCUGGCCAGAGACAAAACAGUAGCUCGGCGCCUAAACAUAGUCAUUCAAAGUGCUUCACCAAAUGUUAACAGUCAACACACUCACAUUCAACGUAAUGGUGACUGUAUUCGCUUUGCCAUCGAGGAAUUUAUCCUCCAACUAUAUCUGUCAUGCAGUAUCUGUUCAAUCGGGUUAGAUGACGUGGCCUUUUUUAAAAAUCAGAAUCAGAUGGUGGUACAUGGUACAUGUAUCAUACUUUGAUCAUACUUGAUAGUGACGUGGAGAGAUAGGCAAUGUCAUACCGUCAGACUUUGGAACUUUGUGUUCCAGGUAAAAAAUAUACAACAAAAAAAGAGAGAGUGAAAAAGAGGGAAGGGAGAACAAGAGAAAGAGAGAGAGAAACCGUAGUGUCAUUGAACCAGAGGUAGAGGGGGAGAGAAAGAGAUAGAUAGAUAGAUAGAUAGAUAGAUAGAUAGAUAGAUAGAUAGAUAGAUAGAUAGAUAGAUAGAUAGAUAGAUAGAUAGAUAGAUAGAUAGAUAGAUAGAUAGAUAGAUAGAUAGAGAGUGAAAAAGGGGGAAGGGAGAACAAGAGAAAGAGAGAGAGAAACCGUAGUGUCAUUGAACCAGAGGUAGAGGGGGAGAGAAAGAGAUAGAUAGAUAGAUAGAUAGAUAGAUAGAUAGAUAGAUAGAUAGAUAGAUAGAUAGAUAGAUAGAUAGAUAGAGAGUGAAAAAGGGGGAAGGGAGAACAAGAGAAAGAGAGAGAGAAACCGUAGUGCCAUUGAACCAGAGGUAGAGGGGGAGAGAAAUAGAUAGAUAGAUAGAGAGUGAGAGUGAGAACAGACAUGGAGCAAUGGUUAUGUGUAAUGAUUGACCUCACCUUUGACCUCUCGGCCAGAUGUUUUAUGCAUAUAGAGAUGUACUAGAGAGCUUGUCUCCUGUCUUUGCAAUGGCCUUUGGUCCAAGUGCUCUCUAUCCAACUUCAUGUUUAUGCAUGCUCACUUUUUCUACUUUUUAUAUAUAGAAACAUAUUUAAAUCAUUUUCGUAUAUGUAUUUACUGUAUGUAUGUAAUUAAACAAGUAUUUAUAUCGUAGUCAGUAUUUUGUGAGAUUACAACUAGUCUCAAGGUUGGGAAUUACGUUUAAGCCUGUGGUCUGAUGAACAGCAUCAAAAUGAUAUAUUUUUUAUUAAGAUUUCUUAUUUAUACCAUUCGUUAUCAUUCGUACUCAUUUGAACAAAAUGUCAUUAAAAUAUCCUAUUCAUUGUAUUAUACUUCCUCAAACUACGUGGUUGCCAUAGAUACCAACGUAUAUCAAUCUCCUCUGGUCACAAAACAAUGUGCAAUACUAAAUAAAGAGUAUUCUUAAAUUA